AUGACUUUAUUCUCUAAUCUCAUUAUCACACUGGUACUUGAUUUGGAACUCCACAAGCCUACUACCGAAGAAGCAUCUCACAUCCUAGGGGUGGAACAUGAAACUCGUCAUCAAGAAACGAUGGAUGUACCUGUGAAUCGGACCAUGGAACACCGUCGCUUAGUUAUAGCUUGUUAUUACCUAACUUCAGCUCUAUCAACUUUCCAUAAGAAACUAGAGAGCGUAGUCUGGUGUCCUUAUCUAGAUAAAUGCCUAUCAACAAUAGCAGAAAGUAAAGAUCCAUCUGAUCAGCUUUUAGUAUGCCAGGUUCGACUCCAAAACGUUGUGCGUAGAACAACUGAAGCAUAUAUACACCUCAUUCGCGAUGGCACGCCAAGCAAACCUGGUGUUUCCAACCUUAUCAUGCUCUAUAUCCAAACUCUCAGAUCACAAUUAGCUGAGGUCAAAAACAAGAUACCGUCACAAUUGGCUUGCAACAGUAUGUAA